CCUGCGGUUGGAAGAACAGUGAUGAUGGGAAACACAAGUGCUGCUAGUGUGCAUGGAGUUGGAAAAGUAGAAAUAAAAUUUCCUUCGGGAAAAAUACUUACUUUGCAUGGAGUGCAUCACGUUCCCGAAAUUAGAAGGAACAUUGUUAGUGGUUCCAUUCUAGUUAGGGAGGGUUAUGAGUUAUCUUUUAAAUUUAAUAAAGUUGUAAUUUUAUUUGGUGGACUUUUUAUUGGCAAGGGUUACUUGUCGGAUGGACUUUUUAAGAUUGUGGUUGAUUAUUUUGAAUUAAAUUAUGUAUCUGAGAAUUGUGAUUCUUCAACUUUAUGGCAUUAUCGUUUGGGUC